AUGGACGUUGCGGGCGUGAGAAUUUCGCAUUCUGAAAUAAUUUUUACUGCCACGGAACCUGGAGAAACCUACCGUGCAACCCUCACCGUGCAAAACAUCAGCAGCGUCUCCAGAUACGUGUACAUUGUCCCAUUAAAGAAAAAGUUAUUUCGAAUAAAUGUGAAGAAUAAAGAUAAAAAAAUUGCUCCCGGAGUACAAAUUACAGCAAUUGUAGAGUAUUCUACAGAAACAGAAGAGAAUGCAACAGAUGUAUGCACUAUAAGUGUAGAUAAUGAUGUUAUAACAAUUCCACUACGUGCGUUUAGUUCUGCCUGUGAUCUUAGCAUUGAUCCAGAAGUUGAUUUUGGUACUGUGGUAGCCAAUGGUAAAGUUAUUUUCAAGGAGCUACGUGUUGCAAAUCAUGGAUCUCUCCCAGGUCUCUUUGCAAUUACAAGUACAAGAAAUCUAUCCUUAACUAUUAAGCCUAGGAAUGGAAUGGUUCCACCAAAAGCAGUGUUUUUGGUCAAAGUUGAAUUGUCAACUCAACAGCCAAUGGUUCUUGAUGAAAUGGUCACGGUGAAGUUUGAACGCGGUGAAGAAACGAUUCUGAAAAUUAAGGGAAACAUUGUUGAGCCAGUUUUGGAACUUCUUGAUCUUUCUGGCCAGAAGCUUGAAUGUAUUCAUUUUGGCAGUGCCUACUAUGGAACCUCAAAGCAGGAGCAAGUUAUUUUGUACAACAACAGCCCUGAAACUAUUGACUGGGUGACUGUGAUGGAAAAUGAUGCUGCUGGAUCUGAAGUGGUAGUAAAAAUUAUUAUUGCAGUAAUAUUAAAUUGUGUAAUAAGUAUUUGCCUUUUAGUCAAAUUAAAGUCAAAUCUGGGAUAUUUUUCAGAAAUACUCAUAUCUAUUUAUUUUAUGAUUCAUUUGAUAAAUGAUCAACAGCAAGUUGAGUUAGCACUUACUGGAACAGGGCUUCCUGUGAACUUAAACAUCAGUCCAGUGACAGAAUUUGAUUUCAAGGAAUGCCUUCUUGGUGAAAAAGUGAACGUUAAGAGUACUCUUCGAAAUGACUCACUUUUACUUCCACUCAUCUUCCAGUUUCGUAAGAUUGCCCAUUUUCGGGUCACUCCUGCAAAGGGAGACCUUAAGCCAGGACAGUCAAUGGAAGUUGUAAUCUGUUUUGCUGCACACCAGCUUGGUAACUUUAAAGUAAAUCAAGUGAUAGACUGUUUUGGAUUAGUGGCACUUCCAGACAAUCCAGUAGAAUUGAAGAUGGAAUCAUUUCAUCAGAUAAGGAUCAGUUUCACAGGUGUUUGUAAAUCUCCCACAAAGAAACUGGAAGAAAAGUGUAUUUCUGGCAUAACUUCUGCUGUUACCAAAGAAACUGGACUAUUGGCCCAGGAGAUAACCAAUGAAAUCAGCAAGAAUAGGGAUUUAUCUCCUGUUAUGCUACUUACUGGCUCCUCAAAAAUGAAACACUGCAUUUGGGUGGAUCCUGAAUACACUCAUAAUGAAGAGGAGGUAGCAGCGAUGAGAGCACGGAAGAAAUAUUAUGAACAGUACAUCCAAGGUCUAAGGUUACAUCGGCUCCUAAAGCAGGAUCGCAGAGAAUUUGAAGAGUUUAAUAAUGCAGUGGAUAUUGGUAUGAGACCAGCAGAAGGACUGUGUUCUCCAAAACUUUCAGUCAAAGACAUAAUUUAUGAGAAACCGGUGUCGGGUACAUGUUCUAUGGUACGACCUAGCCAAACACACAAGCACAAAGGGGUUGAUACACCAUCAAAACCAGGAUUGACAUGUAGUGGCGAAGUUGCUCAUUGUUCAAAGGCAAAAGAUGGUCUUAAUGCUGUCCCAUCUACACUUCAAGAAGAGAAGGAUUGCAGUUUGAUACUGACUCCUCAACAACUUCACCAAAUAUUCAUUGGCCCAACAAACAUUGACUUUGGAGAAGUGUGUGUACAUUCAACAUCAACCCAGAAUUUGAAUAUUGUGAACAACCUAACCACACACAUUUUAUUCGAAGUGGAUACAGAUUGUGCAGAGCUGCAAGAAUCUAGUCCAUUAUCUCAGGUGAUCCCGCCCAUGUCUACAGGUUAUCUACCACUGGUAUUUGAAAGUACAAAAAUUGGAGCUUUUCGGAAAUCAAUUACCUACACAAUAAAUAAUACCCAUUCUGGCUUUAUAUUAAUAAUGGCAAAUGUGGUUUGUGUUGCUCUGGAGCUGUCAACCAGAAAGUUGGUUCUGACCCCAAACUAUGGACUCCUGCAUGAAUCAGGUUUCAGGACAACAAUGCGACUCUAUAACAGGAGAAACUACCCUGUUCAAUUCAGCUGGUGUCCAGUAGUCGAAGAAAAAGGAAUGGCAUUCUUCAUCCGACCUGAUGAAGGCACUGUGGAUGCAUUUAGUGAUUUGGAAUGUGAAGUAGUCUGGCAUGCAUCGUUCUUCUCCCCUGAGGAAGGUGAAUUUGAUCUUAUUGUGCAUGAAGGGAACAAGGUCAGAUUGAAAUGUAUUGCUAAGCUUGGUCAUAUUAAUGUUCGCUUUGUUGAGAACCGUGUGCUUUUUAAUUCUGCCGCUUUGAACUUAAGUGCUAUGAAGACAGCCAUUCUCAAAAAUUAUGGACAAAACCAUGCAUACUUUAAGGUCGACAACGUGAAUCCUGUGCCUGGAAUGAGAGUCGUUCCUACUCAUGGCGUAAUACCCGUUGGAGGUUAUGUGUGUUUAAAAAUAUUCUUCCACCCAACUACAAUAUUCAAAUUUGAUACCAGACUGAGGGUAGACAUUCGCAAUUCAAAUGUGUUGAAACUACGGGUUGGAGGAUCAGUGGUACAACCAAAGGCUGAAAUCGAUCUGAAAUAUUUUGUGUUCCCUGGCAUCUACUGUGGUUCGACUUCAAUGAUUCCAUUCACUUUAUCGAACUUAACAGAAUCACCCAUCAAGCUUGAAUUUGAUUUUUCAAAAUACAAAGAUUUCUCACUGAAGUUUGAAACAUCUGCAGAUGCAGUUCAAGAUCCAUUGAAUCCUCAGUUGUUUGUUGUGAAUCUAAGAGGAAAGGAAAGUACAAAGUGUGAAUUAUUCUUCAGCCCUACAGAUGUAGCAUCCUAUGAUUUUAAUCUACCAGUCAAUGUUAAUGGGAAUACAUCACCAUCUCCUCCUCCAAGUUCUAUACCACCUGAUCCUUACGAUGAUAUGGCUACAGAUUCUUCUUCAGUACAAUUUCAGAGUCCUCCCACACCAUCUCACAGAGUGAAAGCUACAGGUUACCUGGGCAAUUAUGCGAUUGAAAUACCCAUGUUUAUUAACGAGGACAGAACCAUCCCUUACCGAGUAAUUUCUGUGAAUGGUAUCAUACAUACCCCCAAAAUGAUUAUUGAUCCCCCUUUUGUAAACCUGAACCCGGUUCCUCUAAAUAUGGAGACUUCAACAACAGUCCAAAUUACAUGUUUGAACUAUCUAAGUGACUGCAAGCUCCAAGUUGAAAUUCCAGAAGUGGAAACUGAAGAUAGGAACUGGUUAAAGCCCAUCUCUUGUCAGUUCCCUGAAGGCUCAACUUUGCUGUAUGAGAGUGGAACAAAGAAAAGCAUAACAUGCUGCAUCACCUUCUGUUCAUUCAUCCCAAUUUCGAUAUCCGUGGAUGUAAUAUUCAUUGAUCAGGAAAAGAAAAGGUUCAAGCUUCCAAUCUCUGCAUCUGCAGAUAAUUGUCUGUUGACUUUGUAUAGAUUCCUAGCUCUUCACCAAGCAGACCACCAAAUUGUCCUCAAAACUGGUCAACUAACAGGUUGUGGGCCCGGACUGUUAAGAAUUUUAAUUAAGGGUCUUUAUGAUGAUUUAAGUGCUACUAUAGUGGGUAGAGUGUACAGUUACAAAGGAUACACCAUGAAAAUGCUGGACCUGUUAAACAGUUUUAUAAACUUGAAAUAUGAUCUCUUUUUCGUAGAAACCACUGGAAGUGGAGAUUCCAAAGUAGAAAAGAGGAGUACAGAGGAUGAUUCUGAUGUUUCAGACAGAAAGAACAAUUUGAAAGACCUGAUGUUUUCUGAUGAAGAUGUAUUCUGCCAAAAGGUUCUAACUGCUGUACAGGUCUGGUUUAGUCUCUUUGGCUGGUCAAAUGGAAUGCAUCCUAUUUCUGUUCCAGAGUCACUGAGAAGCCCAAAACCCUGUGGUAAAGGAACAAAAACAAUUUAUGAUCUGUUAAACCAUUUGAGUGGCCAGCAAUUGCUUGGACUGACAGCAAGCCGGUCAUUGCCCAGUCAUCCUGUGGAAUGUAUAUUACAGUUGCAUUGGCAAUAUUCAACACUUCUUGUUUUCCUGAGAGCUCAAGGAGCUUGCCUUGCUCACGUGAAACCAGAGUUCUUAUUGGAACCUGAGCAGUUUAAGCAAUGGAAUCAAUUACAGCAUUGUUUACAGACCCCUGCAAGUGCUGACAUUUUUGACCUGGAUGAUAGCGUCUUUGAAUCAAUAAGCAAACGUUCAUGGUCUGAUAUGUUGCUGCAAAUUUACAAGGUUUUUGUUCUUUCUCGAUUGACGCUGAAGGAUAUCAAUAUAGUUGGAAGUCAAAGCUGCAUGGAAAACUUACCAAGAAUAAAUGCUGAUCCCCUUUCCAGCAAUAUAUAUUCCACUGGUGAGCGUGUCCUGCUGACAUGGCUCAACUUUCACUAUGAAUCCAUGAGAAAUGCAGUGUGGGCAGAUUGCAAGAAAGGUGCUGUCCCACCAACACGCUGGAUAAUUAAUUUUGAUUUAGAUUUAUUGGAUGGUUUGGUGCUGGCCGCUGUCCUGGCUGCUUAUUGCCCUGAUAUGAUUCUGACUCAUCUGGUGAAUAUGUACACCUCUCCAGCUACUCCUGAGCAAUGCCUGCAUAACAGCCUGAUAGUCCUCAAUGCAUUUAAUGCUAUUGGCCUUGAUUUUGACAUACAGGCCACAGACAUUUCGGAUCCAAAUCCUAUCAUGAUGCUUAUGCUGUGUGUUUACUUAUAUGAGCGCCUUCCCAGCUACCUUCCCAAGAUGACUGUUGAGUUUGUUGGUGAACUACAUGCUACCAUUGUUAAAAAAAUUCGAUUGCAAAAUCCAAUUGACAAACGCAUAGUUUAUUUUGCAACGAUAGUUGGAAAAGAUGCAGGAAAUUUCUCGUUGCCCAAUGGAAACAAAGUGUCAAUCCCACCAAGGAGUUAUGUUGAUAUAAAUGUGGAAUUCACAAGCCAGUUCCUGAACCCAGAACGAGCUCUACUAAUUUUUGUAUCGAGGUUAAAAAAAGGAAUAGUGUGCACAACAACAACAUUUUCACUAACAUCACAAAUAAAUGAUAUGAAUCCAACUGCCACUAUUAAAUGUGAAUCUCCAUGCUAUGAGCAGAAAAGCAUACAAUUGAAUAUUACCAACCCAUUGAAUGUAAAGGGAGACUUCAGGGUGAUUUUAAUGGAACACCGUGAAUCUCUUUUUAAGACUGAGGACUUCAAAUGCAUUGCAGCCUUGUUUGCCAAACUGAAGAUGCAAAGUCAAAAAACACAUGUAAAACUUGGUUACUUUGAUGCAAGUAGGUCUUUCCAUAUAAAUAGUUGUCUUUUCUGUAGUGACAUGCCUGGUGAAUUUGAAAAUGGAAAAGACAGCGAUUUUGAAAAUGGAAUGGAUAAUCAAAGUGUGAACCUGAAAGACCCUUUACGAGAUAAUUGGGUGCCAGAGUUCUUCACUAAAGUGAAGUCAUUGCACUUGGAAGCACAAGGUUCCUCAUUUAUGGAAGUUCUUUAUCUUCCCUUUCACACAGGGAAAUGCCAUUGUACCAUUUUCUUUGUCAGCGAGCAGGUCGGUGAAUUUGUGUACUGUCUCGAAGGAACCGGCGGUAUACCAUUACCCUCCACAGGACUGCAAGUGUUCAGUUCUAGUGCAAUACAGAAUCAUUGUAUUGCUUCAGGUGACAAGAAUGCAGCACGAGUCGUUCUAUACUACAAAUGUAAUAACGCCUGUACCUUUGAUCAAUUACUAAAAAUCCCAUUGAUAAAUGAAGCCAGAGAAAAAGCCCUGGUAAUUGUAGGACAACAGCAGAUGUCACAAAUAGAAUACAAGCGCAGAAAGAUUGCUGGGACAUUGGAAAGCAGUAGUGUCCGAGCUUCAGUUGCAGCUGUUGGCCUCAGCGACACUAAGGUAGGAACGUUGGUCGUGUCAUCUUAAACCAAUGUCAAAAGGUCAAAAUUUAUUGAUUACAGUGUGGAAGUGUCCAUGCCAAAGCAUUUUGAAAGUCCAAAUAAAUUAUCACUUCCUAUAGCCAGAGUACACAGGGUAAACUCCAAGUCGCAUUUGAUGUCUGGAAGUCUGAACUUGAGUAAAAUGGAUGAGGAAGAUUCAACUACUAUGCCAUUGAAAUUUGUAUCGAAAGGGCCAGGUCAUUACACUUGUCAGAUCUUAUUAAAGUCCCAAUAUGAUGUCCGUUUGUACAACAUCAUGUGUGUGGUAAAUCCUGAAGAGUACUUUGAGACUGAGUUGGAAAUUGCUGCUUCUACCCACCAAUCUGUCAUUAAAAACAUUCCUUUGCAAAAUGAGACCCAAGAAGACUGGACAAUUCAAGCUGUUCUGGAAGGGAAGGACUUCUUUGGCCCAUCAAUGCUUAAUAUACGAGCUUGUGAAAUGUCAAUGUACCCAUUAAUGUUCAAACCAGAUUUUGAGUGUGUGACUAGGGGUAAACUUGUCCUGGCAAACUUAACAGAUGGUACUGAGCGUAUCUUCAACCUCAAAGGGAUAGGCAAAACGCCAGCAGCAAUGGAUCAUAUUGUGGUAGACUGCCAAGUAAGACAGAUUACAAAGAAGGUCAUAAUGGUUCCCAAUUACACUCAAACCAAGUUAACAUGUAAGGUUGUAUCAGACUUGUUAAUCGUGAGUGGAGAACCAUCUGUUACCUUAAAAGCCAGACAAACUGUUCCCUAUGAGAUUAAUGUUUUACCCUGGAAGCAAGGAAAGUUUACAGGUAUAAUUUCAUUUGUGGCUGAAGAUGAAACUCUGCGACAGGACCAGCUGCCUGACUGCAGUAGCUCAGUGGAAAAGCCAGAUGGUGAACAGCCAGUAACGAAUGUGACAUCGAUGGCAUGUGAAACAACUGGGGAUACAAACUCUGCAACAGCAAAAAAGAGCAAAUUAUACAGAGUCUGGUUUUACUUGGAGAUUAAUACUAUCCCAGCUCCACCUGAGCAGCGGCUUUGUGUAACCUGUGCUGUACAGGAUUCCAUUGAUGUGAAGAUUCUGAUAAGAAAUCCUGUUAAUGAACCCUUGACACUCGAUGUUAUGCUGAAUGGAGGUGGAAUUACAGGAGACACCUGUUUGGUAAUUAAGCCAAAAGAAGUUGCUUCCUAUGUGGCUAGAUUCGCUCCAAGCAUUGUUGGUGAAAGUAUUGGAAGUGUUGCUUUCUACUCGGACCUCAUAGGAGAGUUUUGGUAUGAACUGGACCUUGUUGCAGAGAAGCCAACACCACAAACGCUUCCAGAGCUGCAGUGUGAGCUGGGGAAAUGGGCUCGUCAGUUCAUCCCUCUCAUUAAUUCUACUAUCGAAACUCUGAAAUUGGAAAUUGUUAACAGUAACCCAGCAAAUUUUUCAGUUGAAAUUGAUCCGAGAAAGCCUAUAAUUGUGAAUCCUCAAUCUACAACUGAAGUACCUGUUCAAUUCUUUCCUUCAUCACUGGGAAAAGGCAAUCAUUGCACAACGAUUAUCUUCAAGUGUCCUCAAUUACAAGAGUGGACCUUUCAUCUGUCAGGAAUAGGCUUGCUUCCCCUUCAGAUGGACCCCGUUAGUAUCAGUGCUUGUGUCAACUCUCAUGCAUCACUUAUCGUGCCUUUCAAGAACCCAACUGAUGAUCUUCUUUUGAUACAUGUGGUGCUGACAGAUGAUGAACAAAUCACACAACAUCAAAGUCCUUCAGAUCUGCUGCAAUCCAUUAACAAACAGGCUGUUUUCUGCAUCCCACUGAAACAAAGUAGAGAUAUAUUACUUCCGCCAAAAGGGAAAUUGGACAUUCCUUUGAUAUUUGCACCAGACGACAUGAGAUUGUAUGAGGGCCUGAUGGUUGUCCAAAUUAAGAAGCAGGAUGGAAGUACUUGGCCUUGUACUGUGCCAAAUGUAGCAGCUCAAGAAAUGAAAAGCUUUUGUAGAUCGGAAAGGGGUGAAAUUUCUGCAAUUCGAUGGCUGUAUCCGAUUUAUGGUAUCCCUGAAGCAUUGCCAGCAAAAUUGCCCCCUGCUGUGAUCCAGUGCCAAGCUAGACAAAGAACAGAAAAAGCAAUAGAAAUUAUACUGACUGGUGCCGUCCCUGGUUCUUCACAGACAGUAGCGAUGGAGACUGAAGCUAUGACUUCUUGUACUUGUGAUCAUGAGGAGAUUCAGGAAAACAAUAGACAAAACGUAGCAGAUGAAUUCUUUUAUGAAAUUCUGUAUGAGACAGAGAAGGCAAGAGUUCAAAUGGAGUCUACAGUUGCAAUAAGCUUUGUGAAAAAGGAAUGGGACACACAGACUGGCAUUGUCAUGUUGACCUUCAAUAUUGUUUUUGCACCUCCCAAACCAAUAAGCCAUCCAGCAAUGUUGAAGGUGCAAUCUGCAACAGGUGGAGUCUGGAAAUUCCCAUUACUGCUGACUGCCACUGAGCCACAGGUAGACGACGUCAUCAAUAUUGAAACAACAGGGCUGAAUAAAGAGUCUGUUGUUUGCUUUAGGCUUACAAGCCAGACAAGGGAUCCCGUACCAUUCACAGCACAUUUCCUACCGUGUAGUGAUCCAGAAUUUGAGGUAUCACCUCAGACUGGAGAAUUGCUUCCACUUGGCUCAGCUGGGACUCUAAUUACUGUUGGAUUCACUCCACGAAUGUACAGCAAGAAAUACAAAGCAAGACUGCUCAUCCAGACAGCAGAUAUGCAAUGGAUGUACGAGAUCAAUGGUUUGGAUCCGCAGUAUACUCCUCCCAACAUUCAACAUGGCAAAACCACCACAACAGGGUUCAGGCACUGUGUUCCAGUACGGCAACGCAACUUUAUUCGUGAAAACCUCAAGGUGACAGCAACUGCAGUGUCCUCUCCUCUGAAAAGUGCUCCUCUCGUCACAUUAAGCAAAACAAGUAGAGCAAAGUAAAUUUUAUUUACAUUUCAUUGGACUUUUAUUUGGUAAAUGUUUAAAUUUGAUAAGAAUACUGAUUGCUUUGUCCGUAUGUGCAAAUAAAGACUGAUAAUUUUUAAAUGAUUUAGAUGGAGAAAUUGCCAUA